AUGGACAAGCUGAAGGAGUCGUAUGGGGAGUACAAGUUCAAGUGCGGGACGGACGACGACGGCUACCCGGUGCGCAUGAAGUUCAAGUACUUCUGGGAGUACGCGAGGAGCGACAGCAAGCAGGACGACUCCCCGCUGUACGUGUUCGAGGGCUCCUUCCACGAGCGCGAGGGCGUGAGGGAGCUCACGAAGGACUAUUCGGUGCCGGACCUCUUCAACGAGGACCUUCUCAAGUUCGUCGGCGAGGGAAGGCGACCACCGUAUCGCUGGAUCGUGAUCGGCCCGCCCAGGUCGGGCACCUCGAUCCACGUCGACCCGCUGGCGACGAACGCGUGGAACGCCCUGCUGUCGGGGCACAAGCGGUGGGCACUGUUCCCGCCCGACACCCCCGUGGAGCUGAUCAAGCCCGUGGGCGUGGAGAAGGAGGCGGCGUCGUGGUUUGCCAAAGUGUACCCGCGCACGCAGGCCCGCGACUGGCCCACGCACCGCCCGAUCGAGGUGCUCCAGCGGCCCGGCGAGACAAUCUUCGUUCCGUGGGGCUGGUGGCACGUGGUGAUGAACCUGGACAUGACGGUUGCCGUGACGCAGAAUUACACGGCCUCGAGCAACUUCCCGUGGACGUGGCGGCACGCGCACAGAAGCAGGCCGAAGAUGGCGGCAAAGUGGCUCAGGUUGCUUCGCAAGCAUCGCCCGGACCUGGCCAGGGUCGCCGACGACAUCGACGCUCGCGGCGACUACGGCUGCGUGGACGCGAGCUCGUGCAGCUCCUCCUCGAGCUCUGAGAGUGAGAGCGACGAGGAACUUGCGCCGCCAGCCUCGGUGCGGAACGUGCGCGAGGUCGGGUGCGAGAAGCAGAGCGACAACUCGACCUGCGAGCGGCAGCUGUCGUCGGGGUCCGAGCGCGGCAGCAGUCGCCAGCGCAGCGACACGUGCCGUGUCGAACACCCGCCUGGCAAAGCAGCAGCGUACAAACGGGCACGUUCCGGGCCCACGUGGCACACCUCAGUCACGCAGGGACCUAGCGGCGUGGAGGGACUCUCCGGGCCUGGCCCGUCGGGCGCCCGCGAGCCUGCGACGGGCGUCAUCGGCGAGGACACCACGCUGUCGGGCGUGUGGCUUCCAGCAGAGCCGCGCUCUUCGAAGGAGCUGGGCGACCUGGUGACCGCGUGGGGUCACCAGCAGGCCAGGCGCGCAUGCCUGCUGAAGAGCAUCAUCAUGGAGCGGCUCCCGGACAGCGCCCGCCGCGACCUGCUGGACGCGCUGUCGCACGCGGAGGACACGGCGCGCAGCAUCGAGGAGGUGUUGGCCGCGGGCGGGGGGUCGGAGCGGUUGCUGGAGCGGAUGGCUGCGGCGGCCGACCGCGUGCAGGACUACUACGCGAAGCUGUCGCGCGUCCUGGGCGCGAUCAAGGCGCCGCACGUCGGUGCGGGGGGGGACGCGGCCGCGGCGGCCCACGUUGCGGCGAUGAUGACGAACGCCUCGUGUUUGCUCAAACUGCUGCGCUGCGUCAAACUCGAGGGCUGA